AUGUCUUUCUCUGCAGUUGCUUCUUACCACAGCAACAAAGCCACCGACAUGUUCGGGCCGAGCUAUGACAAUCUCGACAACGAGUUCUUCGAUGAAUUUCUCACGUUUAGUUUGAGUCAUAGUGCGAAUCAGGAGUACUCCUUGGUUCCAGACUCACAACUUAUCGACAGGGCUUUUAGCCAAAGCAACUCUGGAGAGACCUCGCUUAGUUCGCACGAAGAAGAUGCCCGACUCACUGGUGAGCAAUCGCCUUGGGACAGCAACGUGUGGGCAGCUGAUUUCACAGCAACCUCAUUACACAAUGAGAAUGGUCUCUAUUCGGAACUCACUGGAAGAGCUGCCAUUUCGGAUAGCGAACUCCUUGCCCUAGAAGGAAUCCACUUAGAAUCUCCUCACCAUCAAACCUUCGCCCAAUCUUCUCUUCCGUCUACACCACAUCCAUCCGUCGCUGUCAAUGCACGAAGAAAGACUCGUAUAGUCGAGUCUUUAUCACAAACAUUAAAGAAAGCAAGCGGAAAUCUCGAAAGGACACUCAGAAGUCCUAUCAGGAAACAGAGCUUUGCCAACAAGGCGUAUCGUCACUCAAAUCACAGUCAGACCGAGGUCGACUCUCUUGAAAAUAAACUCCAGCUCGACGCUCUGAAAUUUAAAUUUGAUUUCGAAGAAAAUCCAUCAACGCUAUCCAUCGAUACGAAAGCUUCCAUACAAGAUGUUGGGCAGGAUCGAUUAGAGGCUGACACACCGUCUCCAUCUUUCAGACUUGGAACACCCAUAGACACACCAGAACUGUGUGUUAAUCACUCUCGCAAAGCGAGCGAAAAUAACCUCCCUAUUACACCUGAAAUCCAUAGCUCAGCAGCCUUCUGGUCAUCCCCACCGAAGCCGACACCGAUGAUAUCUUCUGCCGACCCAACGCUUUUCAGCAGCGAGAUCCAGCCUCCAGUAUGGUGGUCUCAUGCCGCUAAAGCUCCUCUGGCCCAUCCACUGCCUUCAGGGUAUCAUACCAAUCCUCAGCUAGCUACAAAGACCUUAGCAAUGCAAUUACAAAAUGACGUCCAAUAUAAGGAAAACUACAGGCACCAUGGGCUUAUGGCUAGGUGCAAUCCAUCUAAUAUGAUGGGAAACGGACUUAUGAUCCAAACGCCAAGUACAUAUGGUUCAUUUCACUCCGAAAACUCCCGCAUUCAACGAGGAUAUCAUGACAUUACUCCUCGCCAUCACCACUCUCCACAGACUUCUCCAAGGAAGUCCUCCCACCGAUCAUCAAUGUCCCCAACAUCCCCUCACAUCAAGAAGCGAAAAUCUGGCAACCUCAAGGCGGAGAAGAAAUCUUCGUGGCCCCGAACACCUGGGAGUGCGAAAAGCAACACCAUCACGUUAGGGGAGUUUGUGAACUAUACUCCAGAAGAUAGUAAGAAGAUCUUGACUGGCGUCGCGCCAAGCGGAAGUAGUAAAACGAAGGCGAGAAGGGAGAAGGAAGCAAUGGAGAAGAGAAGGAAAUUAAGUCAAGCAGCCGCGCGAGCUAUCAUGGCUGCUGGUGGUGACUGUAGUGGCCUAAGGGAGGAAGGAUUGCUUGUUUAG